AGGAUUCCUGGAAGGGGGCGGGUCUUUAGUUCCGUGAAACUUCUUCCUAGUGGGAACUUUGCAGUGGCACAACCCCUGGCUCCAGUAGACGUCGCUCGUGGUGGAUCCACUUGAAAUCCAGAAAAGUGUGGCUGCCACACUGAUCCCUCUCACAAUCAGCUGACCGGAGACAUCUUGAUAAAACUUCAAGGACUUCAAGGACAGCAGAACCAAAGAGUGCCACAUUGGAAGAGUGAAGGCUGUAGCUGGCCCUGGGAGCUUCCUGCAAGGUCUCCAGCAAGUGGAGCAAGAAGUGCAGCAGAGGAGCCUUCACCAUGGAGCAGCUGAGUUCAGCCAACACCCUCUUCGCCCUGGAGCUGUUCCGCACCCUGAAUGAGAGCAGCCCCACAGGAAACAUCUUCUUCUCUCCCUUCAGCAUCUCUUCUGCCUUGGCCAUGGUCUUCCUGGGGACCAAAGGCAACACUGCAGCCCAGCUCUCUAAGGCUCUUCAUUUCGACUCUGUUGAGGACGUCCAUUCACGGUUUCAAAGCCUGAACGCUGAAGUGAGCAGGCGUGGAGCAUCUCACACUCUGAAGCUUGCUAACAGACUGUAUGGAGAGAAAACCUACAAUUUCCUUCCUGACUUCUUGGCUUCAACCCAGACAAUGUACGGUGCUGACUUGUCCCCUGUGGAUUUUCAGCAUGCCUAUGAAGAUGCAAGGAAGGAGAUAAACCAGUGGGUCAAAGGUCAAACAGAAGGGAAAAUUCCAGAUCUUUUGGCUGAGGAUAUGGUGGACGAGGACACUAAACUUGUGCUAGUGAAUGCCAUCUACUUCAAGGGAAUGUGGGCGGAGAAAUUCAUGACAAAGGACACAAAAGAUGCUCCAUUCCGACUGAACAAGAAAGACACAAAAACCGUGAAGAUGAUGUAUCAAAAGAAAUAUCUUCCAUUUGGCUACAUUCCGGACCUGAAGUGCAAGGUGCUGGAGAUGCCUUACCAGGGAGGAGAACUUAGCAUGGUCAUCCUGCUGCCUGAAGACAUUAAGGACCAGUCCACAGGUCUUAAGAAGAUUGAGAAGCAAUUAACUUUGGAAAAACUUCGUGAAUGGACCAAACAUGAGACCUUGAGAAAGAUUGAUGUCCGUGUCAAAUUGCCCAGGUUCAAGAUGGAAGAGAGCUACACGCUCAACUCCAACCUGGACCGCCUGGGAGUGCAGGAUCUCUUUAACCCUGACAAUGCUGAUCUGUCUGGCAUGUCAAGAUUCAGAGAGCUUUUCAUGUCAACUAUUGCCCACAAGUCCUUUGUGGAAGUGAAUGAGGAGGGAACAGAGGCAGCCGCUGCCACAGGAGGUGUUGCUACUGCAUGUUGCCUGAGACCCGAGGAAGAAUUCACAGCAGACCAUCCGUUCCUUUUCUUCAUUCGGCACAACCCCACAGCUACUGUGCUCUUUCUUGGCAGGGUUUGUUCCCCAUAGAAGGAGACUUUAGAGAUACAAGGCAGAGCUUAGAGUUUCAUUCCCUGAGGUUUUAAUAGUGAUUGUUUUCAUUUGUUCUUUACAAGAAAACUAUCAGAAACCAAUCUUUCUUUCCUUUGUAUUUUAACUGUGUUGGAUUUUUAUAUCAUGUCUUUUGGCAUGGUUGUGUCUAUUUUGUUUUUAUGCUGAAAAAUAAAAUUUAUUUGUCACUGUCAACAGAAUCAAAUCUAAAAGCAAAGGAAUUAAAUAGAUGUAUAGUUUCCUGACCAUGAAGUAACCUGUGGAAUUGCCAUAUGUUCCCGACAGGCAUGAAAAUAUAGGGCUUUUUGCAAAGUCAGUUGGUUCUUAGUCUAGAAUUAGAGUAAGGCAAAAACAAAUCAAUAAAACCAACAAGAAAUAAAGCACUAAGAAAAUUAA